AGAGUCAGUUUCUACCCAACUCAGUAGUUACUAGGUAUGUAGGUAUAUAUAUAGUAAGGCUGUCAUCGAUAGUUAGUUCAAGCCAUGUUGGGAAAUUCGUAUGCAGGCUGAAAUUGCAGCGAGACCAACGGCUCCUCUCGACGUCGGGCCAGGGUCUAGCGAAGCUGUUUUAUACUGGAAUAGAAGUCUUGCACGACGAUCUCUGUUUCUCGUCUGGGGCAUUGAUGUCGUUUAUACUCAAUCGAUGACAAUAGAGGAGGUAACACUUUUGUCGCACCAUCGACUUGAGGGGAAGUUAAAUUUCCUAUCACGCUGCUCGGACCAUGUUCCCUUAUUCUCAUGCUGGAAGCCAGUGGCUAUUGUUCCAAGCAGGGCUAUCGUUGGAGAUGGCGUCGUUGGUAUAUGUUCUGCAAGGGCGGGAAUGAGUUUGAUUGGUUGGCAGAUUCAGCUGAAGGUGAUGCUUAAACUAAUGCCGAAGGAAGGAUCGCAAAAGCCCACGUAG